AGUGUUUUUAUCCGAGGGCUCGGGUUUUUUCUUUUUUUGCCGGGUCCCGAUUGGGCUUAUCCCGGGCGCGCCAUGGCGUGGGAUAUGGGCUUCAACAUCCUUUGGACACAGCGCAUCGAGAAGGAGGAGCGAUCCUUCCUCAAUGGCGCGACAAAGCAGGCAGAGGUGGAGCGCUUGGCUGCGAAGGAGGAACGCCGGCGCCGGCGUUCUCGGCACAGGACCAGCUCCAGCCGAUCGGAGGCAUCCAGCCCUCUGUCUUUAGCAGGUAGCAGGAGCAUUUGCUCCAGCGGCUCAAGGCGUUCGGAAAGAUCAGCGGGGGAGCUACAAAAGUCGGCCUCGGAGUCGGCCUUGGUGCCGGACCACUUCAAAGCGGCGGUGCACUUCCCGUUGACCGAGAAAGACCUCCUCACCGCGAGGGUGAAGCCCACCACGGAUGGCACAGUGCCCAAGAUCUCCUUCAAACCGGAGAAGGUGAAAGCUCUUUGGUGGCCGGGCAAGCAGAGCUACGUGAAGUACCACCCCGAGUUCAGCUUCAAGGAAGCCCCGGAGUGGUCGCCUGAGGACAUUCUGAAAGGCUACGGCAUCAGGCAGCAGCAUCGCUAGAUGGCUGAAGCUGCAGCUCGAGAUGUGGUUCAGAAGGCCCAUUUGUCAGGACCGUGAUACUGCCUUUGGUUGACUUAAACAUCGCCUGCAAGGCCCAAUGUAUUGAAUUCCCUG